CGACCUUUUAUAUGACGUGUCGUGCUGAGGAAAGGGAGAAAACAUGGCCGAUCCGAAUCAGAAUCCUCCGCCCUUACUACUUUUUCCUGCCAGUGAUAGUUUGGCACCGGACGCGCUAAGACCGGUUCCAGCGACAGCAUCUCUUUUUCCAACAGAAGAAGGUGAAGCAGACAAUUUCCUUGGCCAGACAGCUGAGCUUCCUGGAAGCCAGACAACCCAACCACAAGUACCCUUCUUCACAACUACAACAUCUUCAAGUGUCUCAGACCCUUUUGCCAACAUCAGCCAACCAGCAUCCAUCCCUACACAUACCCAGCAGAGUACCACCUCUGUUCCUGCCAAUCCAAACCAACCCCCUCUGAUUGCCCCGUCAUCCUCCCACCAACCUGUCAGCUUCUCUAGUCCAGCUGCCCCACCUUCAACGCAGGAGUACUAUGGUGGUCCUCCUGCGAGCACCCCUGCCAUCCAGCCUGGGCCCCCGCCCAUGUCGGUGCCCCGUGAUCCCAAUGCACCUCCCCCCACAGGGCCUUCUGCGGGGCGUACAGGGGGCUUUGGAGGGGUCAAGCUUGGACAAGGGUACCGACCAGUACUUCACCCUGCAGGCAUCUCAGCAUCAGCACCCUCUACAAGUGCACCCAUUGUGGAAACAUUCCCCUUGGGUGGACCCCCAUCAGGAGCCCCACCUUCUGGGCCACCAAGUCGCCCAGUGUUUGAUUCUUCAAGGCCGCCCCCCACUUCUGCUGACCUGCACCAGAUGCAGGUAGCUGGACCCCAGACAGGUGGCUCUCCUGUCCCAGGUGGUACCCCUUACCAACCUGUGCAGCCCCAUUGGUUCUACUGUAAGGAGUUUGAGAGAGGCGAGGUGUGGAACCCCUUCAGUAUUCUGGACUCCAUCAGACUAGACGAGGCACUUCAUGCUUCAUAUAACAAUCCUAAUGGGGAAACUGUCAUCUCAACCAAUGGAGGGCGCUAUGAUGUGACUAUUCAACAGCGACAACGACAUGCAGUCUACUGGGAUGAAAGGCCCUCUAGUGUCCGCAGAUGCACGUGGUUCUACAAAAGUGAUGGGGAAAACAGGUUCCUACCUUAUGAGGAAGACUUGGCCGAUCAACUAGAGCAAGAGUACAAGUCGGCGAUUCUCAACAACGUUUGGCACAAGAGGCUGGAGUUUUCCAACGGCGAGACCAUCGUCAUGCACAAUCCCAACGUCAUCGUCCAUUUUCGACCGCCAUCCAGACCAGAUGACUUUGGAACAUCCCCUGACGGGCAGAUGAGACCGAGGGUUGUGAAGCGGGGAGUGGAUGACUUAGAAAACAUUGAUCAAGGAGAACCCAGUCAGAUUGAUCAUUUGGUCUUCAUAGUCCAUGGUAUUGGCCCUGUCUGUGAUUUGCGGUUUCGAGGGAUUGUUGAAUGUGUGGAUGACUUCCGUUCUGUCUCUCUGGGCUUGAUGCGUUCCCAUUUCAAGCAUGCUGUAGAUGAUGGCAGGACAGGACGGAUUGAGUUCCUACCUGUCCACUGGUAUGAUGCUUUGCAUGGAGAUGCUACUGGUGUUGACAGACGUUUGAGACGUAUCACCUUGCCCAGCAUCUCACGUCUUCGCAGGUUCACCAACGACACUCUCCUGGAUAUCCUCUUUUACUCAAGUCCCUCUUACUCGCAGACCAUUGCUCAGCACGUUUGCUCUGAGAUCAAUCGUCUCUACCAACUAUUCCAAGAAAGAAACCCCGAUUUCAAGGGACAAGUUUCCCUCGUCGGACACAGUCUAGGUUCUCUGAUUGUCUUUGACCUCCUGUCACAUCAGGGAGAUGCGUGUCCAAAUUUACAAACGACCGACUCUCGCUUGGCAACACCUGUCACACCCGAGCAAUCAGUGGCCCAGCCUAGCAACGAGCUCAGUGAAAAUUUAGCCAACGAGGGGGUUGAGGAAGAGGUCAUGACCUUGGACAGCACCCUCGCCCAGCUUGGACUGACAGACUUCUUGCCCAAAUUUCAGGAGGAGAGGAUAGACAUGGAAAGCCUGCUGAUGUGCAGUGACUCAGACUUGAAGGAGAUGGGCCUCCCUCUUGGACCAAGAAAGAAACUUGGAGGCUUCUUGAAGGAGCAAAUAACUAAGGAGGAGAGCAAGAAGAAAGCGAGAGAGGCAAUGAUCAAAGCUGAGACAGAGAGAGCUAUCAGACAAGCACUGGAGAUGGAAAAGCAGGAGGCUUCGGCUUCACAACUCAACGAUGUAUCCACACACUCUGUACACGUUGACUUUGAACCAGGAUCCGAAGGUGUCGGCCAACCAUUUGUUCAAUAUUCCCAGCUCGACUUUAAGCCACAGCGUUUCUUUGCCGUUGGCUCCCCCAUCGGCAUGUUCCUGACUGUGCGAGGGGUCAGUAGGGUUGGAGAAGAAUACAAGCUACCGACCUGUGAUGGGUUCUUCAAUAUCUUUCACCCAUUUGACCCAGUUGCCUACAGGAUGGAGCCUCUGGUCCAUUCUGACAUGGCUGAUGUCAAGCCAUUCUUGAUGCCACAUCACAAGGGUCGUAAACGCUUCCAUCUUGAGUUGCGAGAGAGCCUGACAGCUUUUGGGUCCGACCUUAAGCGCAAUCUGAUCGAAUCCAUGAAGAAGACGUGGAAGUCCAUCCAUGAGUUUGCUUUGGCCCAUCGGACCGGAACAGAGGCUGCGGUUCCGCCCGUCACAUCAGAGGAAAUGGAGGCAGUGGCUGAAAAGUUAAGCAUGGAGGAGAUGUCGAGGCAGGAACAGGAACGAGAUGGCCUGUCUUCCAGGGAACCAGGUCCAUCCGCAGAGUGUGAGCUCAGGUUGGGUCAGCUGAACAAUGGCCGCCGGAUAGACUAUGUUCUCCAAGAGGCGCCUUUGGAAAGCUUCAAUGAAUAUCUCUUUGCCUUGGGAAGUCACACUUGCUACUGGGAUUCUGAAGACACUGUGCUACUGAUCUUGAAGGAGGUUUAUGCAUCACUUGGUGUGUUUCCCCUUGUUCACGGUCCAAAACAAGACUCCACCCCUGCCACGCCCAAACAACACUAGUUGAUUCCUGACCUACCAUGGCCUUUGACCUGACCCGACCCAUUUUAACAUUCUGUGUUACCAAAUCCUGUCUUAAAUACAACACAGGUUUAAACUCAAAACACAGAAUAUUACAGACGAAACAUGGUGCAUAGAUAGCUUCAUUGUAUUUGAGGGGUAUGGUCACCGCCUCUGCAAGGGUGGAUGUUACAUAACAUGUUACAAUAAAGCACAUGGCACCUUCACUUUUUAUGAGUAAUUUAAGAAUAUGUCAUUUGAGCCAGUCUUACAUGGGAUGAAUGUUUACAUGUAUCAAAUUUAUUUGGAAAGCUACAUGGACCAGUUUUGAAAAAUGGAAAAUUGCUCAAAUAAAGCUCGUUUGGUCGACAUAGUCCCAGAGGAUUUAUUGAAAUGUUCAUCUGCUGUACCUAUUAAAGAAAACGCUUUGUGGUUAUUCUUUGCAGAUCAUUCCAUUAAUAAAGCAAAGCUUUUAACAAACCACAGCUGAGCAAAAUAUUUUGCAUACUUCUUGAGUAUGAAACGACUGUUAAUUUGAAGGAACCUUUAAAACAAGAAACAGCAAAGCUGAUGAGAUCAAUUUGUGCGUCGUAAAUUGUUUAGGCAAGUGAUUCGGUCGGUUUGAUGUCGUAUAUCUUUUGGCUUGUAAUUCAGGCAAGAGAGUAGUACUAUACUUACAUAUUAUUAACUAGAUGUAUGUUUGUAUCUUUUCUGAAAUGCAGUGGCUGCUGGGGGGAUUGUUUUCAUUCAAAGUAAAACAUUACUUAAUUUUUUUCUUAAUAAACUGCUUUAAACUGAAAAUAAUGCAGGGAAAUCCUCAAGAGAGAAGUAGGUCAAUUCGUUUUACCCACAACUUCAGAGGUUUAAUGCUUUCAAAGCCAUAGCUAAGUGACUUUAAGCUUGCAAAAAGUAACUUGUCAUCAUUAAAUUGAAACGUGAAUGUCAGUUCUGAUAUAGAUAAUCGCCAAAAGAGGAAAAUUGGUGAUCUUGGCAAACGCAUAUACGACAUCAAUUAUAAGUGAAAAUUACAGUUCUGACAAUUGUCUAAAAUACGUUUAGUAUAGUGAUUAAAAAUGACGUGGGAAAAUGUGCUUGAGUAAUAUCCUUGUGCUAAUGUCUGAGCAUUUUCAAAUGGCACAUAUAAAACGAAAGGAUUUUAACACUAGAAUUAAUAUUUGUGAGUGGCCUGUUUUCAGUGAAACUAUAUUUUUCCAUUGAUUACUUUUAAUGGAUUAAUUUGUUUUUGCAUGUGCAUUAUGACUCCCGCAAAAUACAUUUAUCGAACUCAUACUGUGAACUUGCUUUUUUUCUGUUGUAUCAUCAUAAAAAGGAAUAGUGUACUCUUGUU